AUGGAGCUUGCUUUGAGUUUAGGUGAUACUCCAAAACCAUUUUCUACUUCUAAUUUAUUGGAUCAUCAUACCAAAAAUCACAACAAUAAUGAUAAUAUUAUCAAAGAUUUAGGGUUUUGCAUGGGCUUAUCAUCAGCCAACAAAAAUCUUCAAACUCUUCAUCAAGAUCAUAUUCAUUUCAAAAACAUGUUGUUGACUGAAGAAAAAAAUGAGAAAAAUUCUUCUUCACCGCCGUUGCAACUUGACCUCCUUCCUUUCUCGCCGGUCCUCCGUUCACCACCACCACCACCGGCGUCGACUUCUCAUCGGUCCUUCCCAUGGCUCUCAAAAAACUUGAUAGUUGAACCGGGUUCACAAACCAAACCGGUGAAGGCAAUGGCGGCACAAUCUGAUCAAGAAACCGGCGAAGAACCGGUGGCCGGAGAUGAGUCAUCACCAAACAACAGCAACAGUGGAACGUCGUCGUUUCAGAUGGAGUUUUCAACGAUAUUCAAUAAAGGUGGCAUAUCAUCUUCAAGAAAAAGAUCAUCAGACUUAGAAUUAGCAACAACAACAGUGAAUGAUGUUAUUUGUGAAAGAGCUUCUUCAAUGAUUAGUGAUGAUGAUGAAAACGGGUUGACCCGGAAAAAGCUCCGACUCACCAAAGAACAAUCUUCUUUUCUUGAAGAUAGCUUUAAAGAACACAGUACCCUUAAUCCUAAACAAAAACAAGCUCUAGCAAAGCAAUUGAAUCUACGUCCAAGACAAGUCGAAGUUUGGUUUCAAAACAGAAGGGCAAGGACAAAAUUGAAGCAAACCGAAGUCGAUUGUGAGUAUUUAAAACGAUGUUGUGACACCCUAACAGAAGAAAAUCGAAGAUUGCAAAAAGAACUUCAAGAACUACGAGCCUUAAAGACUUCUCAACCAUUCUACAUGCAAAGACCGGCUACCACGUUAACCAUGUGUCCAUCUUGUGAACGAAUCGCUACCACUACCACCACCACUGCUGCAGCCACUCCUCGCCAACAGCUAGCCACCGGCGCUAGCCACCAUUAGUAGUACUAUAAACACGUCAAGUAUUUUGUUUUGGCCCAUGUGUUUUUGACUAAUUAAACAAAUGAGAAGGAAGGGAAAUUAAAAAAAAAAAAAACCAUAGAAAUGCAAUUCGCAUGCUUGCAUAUGUAAAUAUAAGAUUUUGCCUUUUUUUGACCAUAUCUUUAUUUGUUUUUCCUUUGUUUCUUUUCUAGAUUAGGGAGCUGCUUUGUCUCAUUAUAUUAGAUGUUAAGG